GAUGUGCGUCCGCUUCCUUUGCAUCCGCAUACGCAUUUUAAUUGAGCUUUAAUUUUCCUUUAUCUAUUGCCGAAACAGUCAUUACAUGUGUAUUUUGUGUCUUGUUUAAGUGUUGUGUUGUUUGCAUCCGUUUCAAUGUGUUUUAAACAUGAAGAGCGUGGAAGAGAUAGAAGAUUUUUACGGUGUGUAUUUGUUGGUGAGCAAAAGCCCCAAUCCCAAGUUUGCCGGUCGCACCUACAUUGGCUAUACUGUUGAUCCGAACCGACGCAUAAAGCAACAUAAUCGCGGAGAAGACGCUGGCGGUGCUAGACGAACAUCCAACCGUGGACCAUGGACGAUGGUGCUAAUAGUACAUGGCUUUCCGAACAACAUCUCUGCACUACGGUUCGAAUGGGCAUGGCAGCAGCCUCGCGUUUCCCGCCGGCUUAAGCAAAUCCCCGAGCUGCAGAAAAAGUUACGCAAAGAAUCGAACUUCGAGUACAACUUUCGCAUACUGACGGAGAUGCUGCGAAUGGGACCGUGGAACCGAUUGCCACUCGUCGUCCGCUGGUUUGCGGAUGAAUUUCAUCGGGAAUUCGAGGUUGGGAAAAAGCCACCCCUACACAUGCCCAUCUGUUUCGGUCGUAUCAAGAAGGUGAGGCGGAAGAAAGCGAACAAGCAACCGAUAGAAGGGCGACACACUGUGCAUCCGCCACCGACCAAACAAACCGUAUCGAAUCGGGCGAAGAAUAGUAAAAUAGCGAUCAAUUACGAUUUCGAUGAGUACGAUCUGCUUGUGAUGGGUGGUGAGAAAAUCGAUGAUGCUGGCGAUGCUGCUGUAAACCGCCCCAGUGUGCCACCGAUUAUGCCAGCGACAACAAUGGCUGACGAGAGUGUGGUGAUUAGUUCCGACUCCGAGAGUGACAACGGCAGGGCAGAAGGGGAGCAUGCUUCACAAUCUACGGCGCAAAAGUGUACCAUCUGCGCUGGUGAGCUAAUGCAGGAGCAGGAGGAGGAGGAGAUGAAGCAGGACGCUGAACGGAGGCAGGGUGAUUUAAUUUUAAGAUGCUUACAGUCACGAUGUCCGUUGGCCUGUCAUGUGGAGUGUUUGGCCGAACUGGUCCUAGAACCGGGUCAGUACGUUCCGGUCGAAGGUGACUGUCCGCACUGCGAGGGACACUUUCUGUGGGGUGACAUCAUACGCAAAGCGAACGGUUGUAGCGAUUUGGUAGACGAUACAGACAACGUUGACCCAGUUGUGUUGGAUGAGGUGUCGGAUGAAGGUGAAUAAACUGGGAAGUGAAGCUUUAAAGUUGGAAUUCCGGAGAAGCAAACGGUAAGAUCUACCACUAUUAGAUAAUUAAAUAAUAAGUAAUGUGCGACACAUGUUAUGUAGUCACAUCGUCGAGAUUCGUUGCAUUGUCGUGUGCUGUUAUGUUUGGUAUCAUUCUUAGAAUGGAGCUAGACAACGACAUUUCAGUGUAAAAUCACGUUUAAAUUUUGAUAUUAAAGCUAUAAAAUACUGAGCAAAUUCAAUUAAGGAACUUUUGCAGUGUUAGCCUCUUUGUGAGAAAUCCCACUAGAUCUGUAUGUGCCUUCCAUUUUAAUCGUUAAUAAGUGACAGUCGUUGCCGCCAAAUUUUGGCGCUAAGGCAUCAAUGUUUGACUCUUUUAGGAAUCAUGAUAAUUCUACAAAGUAUUUGAGCAGAUUUAUAACACAUUUACAUCACAUAUACACUGCAAAAAUCGUGUAAUUUGAUAGUUUUUUUAUUCAGGAGGGGAUGUUAGUGAAAAAAUAAUGAAAUUUUAAAAUUUUUAAAGCCCUUGUUUACACCUGAAAAUGCAUGCCAACUUUUUGCACUGCAUUAAAUCUCCCAAAAUUAGCUUAAAUAAUUUGUUACAUUUUAAAUUCUAUCAAUUACAUUAUUAACUACAUAACAUAAAUUCUAUAAUUUUGAAACCCACAGUUU